GACGGCGGCGACGGUGGCAGAAGCAGACCGAGACACCCAAGAACCUGGAGUCGGCCAUGAACUUCCCCGGGGCCGCGGCUGUGGUGGCAGACAUAACCGUGUCGCCGCGCCCCUGCUAGACGACAGUUCUAACAUCAUGGCGGGGAGGAAUCAGAAUCGGACUGUUUCCCUCCCAGGAAUUCAGGCCAGUGGCCAUGGACGUACUUUUGGGAAUUGUACAGACAAUGACGUGUUGGAAGAAGAUGCUGAAGUCUAUGAACUCCGGUCCAGGGGAAAGGAGAAGGUUCGAAGAAGCACAUCGAGAGACAGGCUCGAUGACAUUGUCAUAUUAACAAAAGAUAUCCAAGAAGGAGAUACUCUAAAUGCAGUAGCCCUUCAGUACUGUUGUACGGUAGCAGAUAUCAAAAGAGUUAACAAUCUCAUCAGUGAUCAAGACUUCUUUGCUCUUAGGUCUAUCAAAAUUCCCGUUAAAAGGUUUAGUUCUUUGACUGAAACUCUUCAUCCUCUGAAAGGAAGACAAGUUUUGCAUCCCCCACCUGUUCCGUAUUUUCAAGCGCAAGACAUUGUGCCAGCUGAUGAUUCUCUUUCUUCCAGUGAGUCAGCUGGCAGUUUCCUAAAAGAAGUGGAUCGAGAGAUAGAAGAAAUAGUCAAGUGUACAGACACCAAGAAGGAGAACCUGAGUGAAGUGGCGUCUGCCUUAACAGCACAACAGGUCCGGUUUGAACCUGAUAACAAAAGCAUUCACCGAAAGGAUCCAUAUUAUGGAGCAGACUGGGGGAUUGGUUGGUGGACAGCUGUAGUGAUAAUGUUGAUAGUGGGUAUAAUAACACCAGUGUUCUAUUUGCUGUAUUAUGAAAUUUUAGCGAAAGUGGAUGUUAGUCACCAUUCAACAGUGGGUUCUUCACACUUGCAUCCAGGACUCACACCUCCAUCACAGCACAGAGAGAUGGAAAAUGGAAUUGGUCCAACAAAAGGAAUACCUGUUGGUCAACAAGAUGACCACAAACUAUAUAGGCAAGACCCUCAGGCACAUGAUGCUCAACACAAAACGUAACAGUGAGCUGCUGUCAGUGUUAGUGGUCAUGUCUACAUAUGGAAUAUUGUGACUUACAGAUAUCCGACAACUGCUUUGAAGUCAGAAUCUAAGAACAUCAAAGAUGGUUUGGUUUUACCUUUCUAAAAAUUCCUGAGCUUUUUACAAAUGGAUUAUCUAUAACACCUGAAUAUUCUAUAUUGAGACUGCUCAGUCCAUACAUCUGCUGUAUCAGUUCUUAAAGCAGAAAUUAAUUUAUAUGUAUGUCUAGGAAUUCUAACUUAGAAGAUACUGCCAUUAUUUUAUUCAAGAUGAGUUAUGUUUAAAUUUCAUUAUUUAAAAAAUUGCUUUUUAAUUUAAGGUUGUUCGUGUUGAAGAUUCUAAAUGCUUACAACUGAAGAAGAUUUGACACCAUAAGUACCACUGAAAUACUAAUUGUAAAAGUUUUAAUUCUAAAAUUAUUCCUGAUACCAAGUACUUAACACUUAAAAUUUGAAACUUUAAAAACAUGUUUAGCAUAUGUGCUACAAAAGCAAAUGUAGGAACAGAUUUGGAAACAUUGCUUAUAAUUUGUGUAAUACAGAGUAAGAAAUAGAUUCAAUAUUUUAAGACCCCAAAAUAAUGUCUUUGGGUUGGAAACUUCCCAUUUGAUCGCAAGGACACUGAGAUAAGUCCAGAUCUAUUCCUUAACAUAAGGCAUCAUAGUGAUGAGCCCUUCAACCUCACCUCCACUUCUUCAUUUUGAAAAAUACUUAUGUCUGAUAUUUUGUAGUUGUUUGAUGAAGUGUUAUACAGAAAAGCAUAUUAAGCAAAUUCCUCUUUACAUACUGUGACUAUUGCUGUUAUAAAUAGUAACAUGCCUUAAUUAACACUUAAUGCCUUACAAUGUUACUUUAUGUAAGUUCAUGUACACUUCACAAUCAAAGUUGAAACAUUGUGUCAGAUUUUAUUGCAUAGGCUAUCAUUUCACAGGCUAUGUAAAUUUGCCUGUCUUCACUUUUAAACAGAAGUUAAUGGAGUAAAAACAAAUUUGUACAACCUGUCUCUGAAGUCUUGCAGAAGAAAACUAUUACGUAAAAAUGAGUAAACAGGACUUUUACAUCAGCAGUAGACAGAUUGCUUUAUAUGGUGAUCUAUUGACCUCUGCUUUUCAAAAAGGACGUGUCCAAUUUAGAUUAUCCCCACCUAAUCUGCAUCAUCCAUUGAAAGCCAUAUGCCAAAGGUGUGUGGCUUGGUCAAAAGGGUUUAAUAGUGGCAUUUUCUACAUCUAAUGUGUGACAAGUAUGUGUUUUAAAAAUAUAUAUAUAGGGAGUGGAGUCUGGAUUGCAUGAUUUUUGUGUAACAAAGUACAUAUCUUAAAAUAUGUUACAUUACCUCAUUUUUUGGACAUUAUUUCCUAAAUCAAUGUUUCGGCUUUUUAAACAUUUUGUAUAACAAAUUCCAAUCCUGAUACAAGGAAUUAUUAAUAUAUAUUUGUUAUAUUUGGGAUUUUAUAUACUCUGGGAAAAAAAAAGCAUUACAAAAAGACAGACAUGGAAGUCAGUCAUUUUAAAGUCCUUACAUCAGAGCAGUUUUAGAAAAUGUCCUUAUUUAAUAAUAGGACAGUUUUGAUAAAUUGAUUCCUUCAGUAAACCUUAGUUAAAAUAAUUUUUUAACAUGGCAUGUGCGUUUGGAAAUAAGAUCUUUAAUUAUGCUCAGUGUUAAUAUAGCCAGUUUACAUUAUCUUUAUUAAGACUGCUGAAAAAUCAAGUUUUAGGGUAACAAAUGUAGAUUUCAGGGCAGAACAGGCUACAUAACCUCUGUUUACCUCAAACAGAUGAAAUUAUAGAGUUGUGAUUUGUUUUAGCUGGUUUUACUUGGAAUUAUAAUCAAAGGGUCUGAUCACUUAUACUUAAAGGAGGACCAGUAGUUGCCGGUUAAAACCGUCUGUCUUGAGCAUCCUUUUUGGAGGAAAUACAACACAUACCCUUAGGACACAACCAAGCAAUUUCCUUUUCCUAUAUAUCUUAGAAUUAUUGAUAUAAUUCUAUAUGUAGAAUUAUGCUUUCAUCUUUAAAA